GGGCUGAGCGCACGGGACGCUCGUUGGGCGCCACCUCUGACCCCCGUGCGAGGGAACCCGACCCUCCCCGGGAGGGAGAGAGGUGGUAGCCGAAGCCAUGAGGGCAAAUGAGGUCUUCGAGGAAGUGAGCGUGAUUGGAGAGUGGAAUGGGACCCAGAAUUGAGCCUUGAAGGACACCCCCAGUUAAGGAGUGGGAAGGCGGAGGAAGAACCGUACCGGCCUCAACAUGCCACUCCCAGUAGCAUUGCAGUCCCGUCUGGCGAAGCGGGGGAUCCUUAAGCAUAUGGAGCCCGAACCCGAAGAGGAGAUCAUCGCGGAGGACCACGACGACGACCACGUAGACUACGAAGCCACCCGGCUGGAGAGUCUCCCGCCACACUGGUACAAGGUGUUCGAUCCCGUCUGCGGCCUCCCUUACUACUGGAACGUGGAGACGGACCUGGUGUCCUGGCUCUCGCCCCACGACCCCAACUCCAUCGUCACCAAAGCAGCCAAGAAGCUCAAAAGCACCUUAGACAACGAGGAGAAGCCGGAACGGGUCUUCGAGAAGCCGGAACGGGUCUUCGAGAAGCCGGAUCGAGGGUUCGAGAAGCCGGAGCGGGAGCGGGGCUACGACAAGUCGGAGCGGGAACGGGACCGCGUCUACGACAAGCCCGACCGGGACCGCGGCUACGACAAGCCGGAGCGGGACCGCGGCUACGACAAGCCCGACCGGGACCGCGGCUACGACAAGCCCGACCGGGACCGCGGCUACGACAAGCCCGACCGGGACCGCGGCUACGACAAGCCCGACCGGGACCGGGGCUACGAAAAGCCCGACCGGGACCGGGGUUACGACAAGUCCGACCGGGACCGCGGUUACGACAAAUCAGAUCGGGAUCGGGGCUACGACAAGCCCGAGCGGGACCGGGGCUACGAGAAACCAGAUCGGGAUGAUAUAAAGGAGCGGCGUUAUCACAGGCGGGAGGAGCUGGCUCCUUACUCCAAGAGCAAGAAAGCCAGUCGCAAGGAUGAAGAAUUAGAUCCCAUGGACCCCAGUGCCUAUUCAGACGCCCCCCGGGGCACGUGGUCUACAGGGCUGCCCAAAAGGAACGAAGCCAAGACCGGAGCCGACACCACGGCGGCCGGGCCCCUCUUCCAGCAGCGGCCCUACCCGAGCCCCGGGGCCGUGCUGCGGGCUAAUGCGGAAGCCUCCCGGGCCAAGCAGCAGGACUGAGAACCCACUCUCCCCUUUGCCUCUCCUUCCCUCCCGCCCCCGGCCCCCCGACCAGGUGCCUCUUCUGGGGCCCAAGCGGGAGGGGAGAGAGGACUUGCCCUCCCUGGGCCGGGCCCAGCUUCACCCCCGAGCCGGGCCGGCCUCUACCCCUUCUGGAUUUGUAAUAAAAGGUUUUGCUUUUCGA